GGUUGAUGUAAUAAUAUGCUUUCACAUCAGCUGCUCCAAUGAUGACAGUUGGAUUAGCACUGCUGAGACACAAAAUAGCCUAGGUAGCCCGUUUAGUUACAAAAGACUAGUAGUCUCUUAAGGACAAAUGGAGAGACAACUGGUGAAAUUCGUGGGUCGGGUGAAAUCUGGCAGUGGUAUCUCAGCCGAAAUAUCAUCUGAAUAUAAUAUCAUCCGUGCUCAGACUGCAGACAUGAAACAGAGCAACGGCUUCACUAGGGAGGCCGGGGGCUUGAAGGACAACAUUAAGAAGAACCGUUACAAGGACAUCCUGCCCUAUGACCAGACGCGUGUACUGCUGGAGCCACUAGAAAACGAGUUUGAGUCAGACUACAUCAAUGCCAGCUUCAUCCAGGGUGCAAGAGGUAAUAAAAGAUACAUCGCCACCCAGGGACCCCUGAGUCAGACUCUAGGGGAUUUCUGGAGAAUGGUUUGGCAAAAUGAUGUGAAGGUCAUAGUGAUGGUCUGUAGGGAAGUCGAAAUGGGAAAGAGAAAGUGCGAACGUUACUGGGCGACCCCCACAGACACCUCCACCUUUGGCUCUUUUGUCAUUUCAAACCUGGAAGAAUUUAGCCCAUGUGAAGAAGUGGUUGUACGGAUUCUAGAGGUGAAAUACCAAGAUGAAAGCCGGACCAUCAAGCAGUUUCAGUACACUGCUUGGCCAGACCAUGAUAUUCCUUAUACAUCAGAAGGAAUUCUGGGAAUGAUAAACAUGGUCCGGAAUGUACAGGGAAUGGACACAGCCCCGAUUCUCAUUCACUGCAGUGCUGGUUGUGGAAGGACAGGGGUGUUAUGUGCAGUAGACUAUGUGCAUGAUCUUCUAUUAACACAGAGAAUCAGUGAGGAUUUCAACAUUAUGGAGAUUGUAACUGUCAUAAGGAAGCAGAGGCCAUCAGCUGUACAGACCAAGGAUCAGUAUGAGUUUGUCUACAACACUGUGGCCCAGAUGUUCCAGGAGUAUCUACUCAAGAUGUGUAACAGCAAUCAGAGUCUGGCUGAAUGUGCCCAACAGAAGCACCUUCAGAAGUCUUCCUAUGGUAAUGUGGAGUUCUUGAGUGGACCGCAACACCCGGCACCAUCCCGCAGAGUCAGCAGCGUCCAGCCAAAAAGUAAACUCAGCCUACAGACCCAAAGGUCACAUCCUGGGGAUCAGAAGAUGAACGACACCUACGCCAGCGUCAACAAGCCCAAACGGUCGGCCACAGACCCCGCCCCGCGUGCUUCCUCUCCCCUGCCAGCCAUCCAUCACUAUGACAACGCCGGGCUGGGAACCCUCGGCUGUUCGGCCAACGCCCUCUAUAGUACAGUGAAGCCCAAAGGCCUCGGUGCUGGCGUGCCACCCCAGUCCGCCGUGGCCACCUAUGACCGAGUCAUACCUAACCACAGAGGACCCUCUUCUGCCCCUGACCUUGGGGACUACGAGACCCUCCCCGGGGUUUCCAGCACAUCCAGCAGGAAUGCAAAGGUUGAUGACACUCAUCAAGUUAGGAAAAAAUCUGGGGAUUUCGACUCAACAGACGAUGACUAUGAAUAUAUUUCAAACCCCAUCAUAGGUUCAGCUGGUUACUGCUCUCCUCGUGGCAUGGGGUUCAACUGCCGAAUCAGGAAGCCGAAGGGACCUCGAGACCCCCCGGCAGAGUGGGGCCGGAUGGAGCGCUAGAACGGGCCUUAGUGCACACACCUGCACCCCGUCCAGUAUGCCUAACCCAUUUCAGAAUGUCCAAACCACGUCUGGACUCAAAGACAGAAGGACGUGGGCGACACGCUGUGGGGGAAACACAGGGGUACUGGUGCAGGGACGGUUAGGACAGAUCCUGAGAAAUGUUUCAUUCUGUUGGAUGCGAUGUUAGAAAUGGAGAGGGUGAGAUAUUUAUUUCAUGUACCGUAUAGUCAGUACAUGGUUAAUUUAUUCAGGUUUUUUCUGAAAAUAAAUGCAACAACAGUGGUGUAACAUCAUCAUUAAUCAACGAAUCACAGCUAUGAUUACUGUACAUACAUGGUUUCUAUUUAAACCACUAAUGUGUAGCAUGGUGUGCCAAAUCCACUGUCAGGGAAUCAAUGGGCAAUCAACAGAGAAGAGAAGGGAGUAGAUACCGUUUUAUCAUUGUCUUUUCACAAGCGUUUAACUUUUUACAUUUCAUUGUGUUCUCUCUGGUAUGCAAAGUUGGUUCAGUAACUUCUAAUUAUGGGACGUGGAAAGCACUUUGUCCACCAGCAACAUUUGACCAUUUACCAGUGUAUCAAAAGGCAAUAUAGUCUGUGUGUGCCAUAAUGAAAGUGAAUCAACACACACUGAACUUGUAGAACCGCUUCUGAUCCACAUGGGGGCACUGUGGAAGUUUGAAAUCUGUAGCAGCUAAAAAUAAAUAAACAAUUACCACCAUGCAAAA